UAUCAUCCAUAAUUGCUACAUGAUGGUCGUCGAUGUGGUCUUCUUCUUUAUGUGCUUGUUUAUUCCAAAAACCCUCUGUCAAUCUCACUGCGUUGGCACCUGCUAUUCUGGACAACUUUUCCCAGAGCCCCAAGACAUCUUCCAUGGAAAACAUCUCAAGGGAUACUCCUACAAGAACAUCACCACUGAUGAUCCAGUGAAGUGCUACUCAUCUUGUGUCCAAGAUUGUCGUUGUAAGGCGUGCCAGAUGAAAGAUACAAGAUGUGAGUUGCUGGAUGAGGACAAGGCUUCCAAGGCUGACAGUUUCACUGCUGAGCCAGGAUACGUGUACUUUGAUCUCAAGCAGACGAUGUAUCAGGGGUUUGCUAACGCAAAGUUUUGCUUCACACAGUCUUCUCACAUGGUACCACCAGGUGUUCAAUGCUAUAAUGGCUGCUGUCGAUCUCAUCCUUGCAUGAACGGAGGGACAUGCGUAGAAACCUGCAAGUCACCAAAAGAAAAGUUCACCUGUACUUGCCCACAAAGGUUCAUUGGAAAAGUAUGUGAAGUCAAGGUUGCUUCUUGCAUGGAUGUCRUGCGUUCUUCAAAGAGAUUACCAAAAAACGGAGUUUACACCAUAACACGGUCUGAUUUGAGUACCGUAAUUCCCGUUUAUUGYGCUUUCAACAAGCCAAACCAAGCAUGGACUUUGAUCGAGUCGUUUUCUCUCAAAAAUAGACAGAGAUUUCAAAGCGUGCCGUUUUACGUAAAUGGGAAAGCUACAAACUCUGACAUCCCUCCAAACUGGACAGCCUUCAGAAGCGGCAUUGCUAGAAUGAAAUACUUUCGAUCCAAGUCCACCUUGUUUAGAGCCACUUGUGACUUUCCAAACAGAGUUUCUUUGACACCGGACCUUCUGAUUGGUCGGUUGAGUGACGUGGACAUUAUGAACGAGAAAGACAUUCUAGGAUGUAGAAGGUACAAGUUUGUCGACAUAAGGGGGUACAACUGCACCAAUUGUACAGUGCUGACAGGGUACGGCAAGUCGCAUUCAUGGCACUUUCACCUCGAUGUUACAUGGAAURWGUGCGACUUCAGGCCACCUURCAAGACCAAAGACGUCGACAGUUUUGGCAACUAUGCCGUCUUUGARGARCAAUCAAAAUGCACGGCAACACCCCAGUCUACCACACAGUGGUGGUUUGGAGAAGAGAAAUAAUCAAAAUACACUGCAAUACCCCAGUCUUCCACACAGAGGUGGUUAGAAGAGAAAUAAUCAAAAUACACUGCAACAUCUUGAAUCCAAGCCAUUUCUACGAAUAUUUGCCAAGAAAACUAGCAUUGACAUGAAAAUAUUGCUCAAUUACAUCAAAUAGUUGAUCAAAUUGCKAUCUGGCAACGAUUUCAGCUUGUUAUGACUCUCAUUGUAUUCAUUAUUUCCUUAAUUUGCUUUCUUAGAUGCACUAGAGCAAAUGCAGGAAACCAUGGUUUUCCUGCGUUUGCUUAGUUGAUUGCAAGUUAAGUUGUACAAUAUGAGCWAUCAAGAGAAGACAAGUACCCCAUCC